AAAUAUUUUAAUUUCACAUCACCAGCCAACUGUCAACAAUGGAUUCCCACACUCAUCCAAUCACUCCACCACACUUUGAAGAAACACAACCAAUCAACGGUUCUUCCACCACCUCUUCUCCACCUCCUUCCCAUCCUCUCUCAUCCAACAAUUCACAAAUUGGUCAAGAACGUUCAAAAUCCUCAUCCUCCUCCUCCGAUCAUUCAAUUUCGUAUGAAGAAUUGCAUGGAUUGCAUCCAUUGGAAAAUGCAAAGAAAGUUAUUGUUACUUAUAAUAAUUAUAUUAUGACUGAUGAGUUGUUGAAAUUGCAAAAUGGUGAUUGUAAGGGUGGAUUGAAUCAUCAUGAUGAACAUUUAUUCAUUGUUGUUCAUCAAAGUUUCGAAUUAUGGUUUAAACAAAUAUUAUUCGAAUUGGAUUCUGUUCAAACUGUUUUGAGAAAGGUAGUUAAUUAUGCAACCAGUCAUUCCAAUGAAGAUGUUGAUUUGACAGUUGAACAAACUCAAAUUCUUGUUCACAGAUUAAAUAGAGCUGAUCAAAUUCUUCGUUACACUUUGGGAACUUUUGACAUUUUAGAAACCAUGCAUCCAGCUGACUUUUUGGAAUAUCGUUCAGUAAUUGGACCAGCAAGUGGUUUCCAAUCUAUUCAAAUGCGUGAAUUGGAAGUCAUGCUUGGAUUGAGAGAUUGUAACAGAAAUAUGGGAAGUAGAAAUAGUUUUGAAGAAGAUUUACAACAUGAUUUGAUUGGUAUGAAGAGAUUGAAACAAAGACAAUCUGAAAUGUCUGUUAGAAAGUUGGUUUAUCGAUGGUUAGAAGAAGUUGUUUAUCCAAAGAUUCCUGCAAAUCAAUUCAUUCAAAUCUUUUUGGAAAGAAAGAAGGAUCAUUUAAUGUUCCAAAAAUGUCGAUGGUUUAAUCCAGAAACUGAGAUGCAAACUAUUCAAGAACAAAUUGAAAGAGAAAUGAAACCUGCCAAGCAAUGGAUUCAUAUUGAGGAUACUGAAACUCAUAUUAAGGGAAGACAACAAUUCAAAUUUAAGAAACCAUCCACAAGAGGUUGUCCAUUCUUUGCUCAACAAGAAAAUGUCACUACUGAAGAAAAAUGUCCAGUUACUGGAGCUAGCUCUGAAAGUAAUACUCCUGCUGCUGAAGAAGAAGAAAAACCAAUGAAGAGAUCAGUGAAUGAAAAGAUUGAACGUAUUAAGAAACGUCGUACUGCACUCCUCUUUAUUAUGAGUUACAGACAUCAUCACAUGUUGUGGGACUAUGCCAAUUUAUUGGAUAAAUUAGUUGCUUUGGAAGAAGCUCUAUUGAUGUGGAGAACUCGUCACGUUCGUAUGGUUGAGAGAAUGAUUGGAACUCGUGUUGGAACUGGUGGCAGUUCUGGAGUUGAUUAUUUAGAACAAACUCUCAAAUAUCGUGUAUUCCUUGAUUUAUGGGAAAGUAGAAGUCACUUUGUUCAAACUACCAUUUUGCCAUCUGUUCAAUAUAAGACAGGUGAGAAUAUGUUUGUUUUUGAGAAUAAAUUGUAAACAAUUAUUGU